AUGGACACAAGCCUGGACUGGUCCUUCUUCCAUGGCAAUCAGUGGCUCUGCUUCUCCGUGUACCUCUUCACCUUCCUCGUGGGGCUCCCCCUCAACCUGGCUGCUCUGGUGAUCUUCGUGGGCAAGCUGCAGCGCCGCCCGGUGGCCGUGGACGUGCUCUUGCUGAACCUGACCCUCUCGGACCUGCUCCUGCUGCUCUUCCUGCCCCUGCGGAUGGUGGAAGCAGCCAACGGCAUGCGCUGGCCCCUGCCCUUCAUCUUCUGCCCUUUCUCCAGAUUCCUCUUCUUUACUACCAUCUACCUUACCUCCCUCUUCCUGGCAGCUGUGAGCAUCGAGCGCUUCUUGAGUGUGGCCUACCCACUGUGGUACAAGACCCGGCCCAGGCUGGGCCAGGCUGGCCUGGUCAGCGGGGCCUGCUGGCUCCUGACGGGUGCACACUGCAGCGUGGUCUACGUCACUGAAUUCUCGGGGAACUCCUCGCACAGCCAGGGUGCCAAUGGCACCUGCUACCUGAAAUUCCAGGAGGAUCAGCUGGCUGUCCUCCUGCCUGUCCGGCUGGAGAUGGCUGUUGUCCUUUUUGGGGUGCCCCUGCUCAUCACCAGCUACUGCUACAGCCGCCUGCUGUGCAUGCUCAGUAGGGGAGCCAGCCAUCACCGGCGGAAAAGGGUGGCAGGGCUUGUGGCAGCCACACUGCUUAAUUUCCUCGUCUGCUUUGGGCCCUACAACGUGUCCCAUGUUGUAGGCUACCUCCAGGGUGAAAGCCCAACGUGGAGAAGUUACGUGCUGCUCCUCAGCACCCUGAAUUCCUGUGUCGAUCCCCUGGUCUACUACUUCUCAUCAUCGGGGUUUCGAGCUGAGUUUCAGAGGCUGCUGGGUAGGCUGACUGGGAUCUGGGGCCUUUGGAGGCAGGAGAGCAGCUUGAAACAGAAGAAUGACGGAGGAGAGGGGCAACUUCAGGAGAUGUCCAAGGUAGGGAACAAGUAG